AGGCAGCCCUCUGAGCCCUCAGCACCAGCCACACCAGCGGGAGGAGCAGGAGCGACUCCAAAACCAGCAGCAACCAGCAGCACCAUGCCCAUGACGCUGGGUUACUGGGACAUCCGCGGGCUGGCUCACGCCAUCCGCCUGCUCCUGGAAUACACGGACACCAGCUAUGAGGAAAAGAUAUACUCCAUGGGGGAUGCUCCCGACUACGACCGAAGCCAGUGGCUGAGUGAGAAAUUCAAGCUGGGCCUGGACUUCCCCAAUCUGCCCUACCUGAUUGACGGCACUCACAAGCUCACCCAGAGCAAUGCCAUCCUGCGCUACCUUGCCCGCAAGCACAACCUGUGUGGGGAGACGGAAGAGGAGAAGAUUCGCGUGGACAUUUUGGAGAACCAGGUUAUGGACAACCGCUUACAGCUUGCCGUGGUCUGCUACAGUCCUGAUUAUGAGAAGCUGAAGCCUGACUACCUGAAGGGCCUCCCAGACAAGCUGACGCUGUACUCCCAGUUCCUGGGGAAGCGGCCCUGGUUUGCAGGGGACAAGAUCACCUUUGCCGAUUUCCUCGUCUAUGACAUCCUGGACCAGAACUGUUUAUUUGCUCCUGGUUGCCUGGAUGCGUUCCCAAACCUGAAGGAUUUCAUGGCCAGAUUUGAGGGCCUGCCGAAGAUCGCUGCCUACAUGAAGUCCACUCACUUCAUCAGAGUGCCUAUAUAUUUGAAGCUGGCCACCUGGACAGGAAAAUAGGGCUCUGGAGUGAGGUGGGAGGUGCUUUGGGGGCUUAGGCCCCCAGCCCUGCCUCAGCCUCUCAGUUCUCUUCCUCCUCUCCCUCCUCCUCUUUAACCUGCUGCCCCCUGUCCUCUAAGCCAGCCCCUCCCAUAGAAGCCCUGGCCCAGCCUCAGCUCUGCCCUCUUCUUCAGCCACGGCCCCUGGGCUGCUCCUCCUGCACUGAGGCCAACUCCACAGCCCUGUCUCUGCCUGUGAGGGGCUGAGUGAUCCUGAGCUCUGCAAACAGCCAGAGAUGUCGCUGGGUCUGUGCUUACCAUGCUCCCCAGUGAGGUCUCCCUGGCACUGCCUGCUCCCCAGGAAGCCUGAACCUCCGCCUGGGCCUGUUCUCUUCCCUGGGAGCCCUGGCUUGGCACUGACUUUGCUGGAGUUUGGGGAUUUUCUUUGUUCUAUUGGCACAACAUGGCCUUGGGAGCAGGAUGCUAUGUGUGGGUGUGUCUGUUCAGAUGGGUUUCCAUGAUGUUUGAUCAUUUCUGCAUGCUCUAUGUUGCUCUGUGCCUCAUCUUGGGUCCCAACUUCUCCCUGACUCCUUGUUCUCACAGCAUGGUGCCAGGGCUUGAAGUGCCCUGCAGCUGGGCUCUGGUUCUGAGAGCUGCUGGACUAAUGGGAAGUGGCUGGUGGUCCACAGGAAUACGUCACUGGCACCCCUUUUCAGAUUCUUUGCCUGACAUAGAUAAUCCUUUUCUACAUUUUCAGGAUGCCUCUUAAUAAAAAAA